GGGUAUACCAGGGGCACAGGGCCCGGCACUGCCCAGUCCCAGGAGAGCCCCUGGCUCAGGAGGAAGCAGCUCCCGGGAUCCCACUCUGCGUUCCAGCAGAUCAGACAGGGAGGAGGACAAGGAGGGCUUGAGGUCCUUUGCCAGGAUGGAGGAAGAGUGGCAAUGCAACACAGAUCCAGAGCUUUCCCAAUUAGGACAGGGUACCAGCCAAGACUUUUGCCUUUGGGAAGAGGUGACAGUCCAAGAGUUUUACCAACAGCAAGAAGCUUUCCCAUGUGGAGUUGUGAGACGCCAAGAGCAGCAUCAGUGUGAGGUAGGUGUGAGAGUCCAGUGGGGAGAUGGAGCACAGCAAGAGAUGGAGGUGUUCCAUUGGGAAGAAAGCGUGACAGUCCAGGAGCUCUCCCAAUGGGACAAAGAGGAUGAGACAAACCAGGAGCUGUCACUGUGGGAAGGGAAGGGAGACCAGGAACUGUCUCCUUUGGAAGAAGAUGUAGGAGUUCCUCUGCGCUGUUGUCAACGGGAAGGAGACCAGAGACAGCCAGAGGGAGACAACAAGGAAAAGGAGCUAACCCAAGCAAAAGGCUAUAAUGUCCAGCAGUUGCCAAAAUGGGGAAAAGAUGGGAGCAACAAAAAUCUGUCCCAAAGGGAACAAUGUGUCAGCAGCCAGAGGCUGUGUCAGUGGAGAGAAGGCCUCACUCACAAGAUCUGUGACAAACCCUUACACCCAGAGAAGGAUAAGUGCACCCGGCCUUGUGCCCAGCAGGGCCCUGCCUCUCCCAGCAGUGUGGGCACCCCGGUGGCAGCAGAGGCAACCCAUGAGCUGCCCAGUGCCUCUCCUGUCCUGGGGGGUCCCACAAAGGAUGAGCUGGAAGCUGCUGCUGUUCCAGCUGGAGCCACUGAGGAGGUGGAGGAGCCCCCAGAGCCUCUGGCUCCCGAGAUGGAAAAGGCACCAGGUUCUCCUGCUCACAGUGAGGAGCUGCCACUGGCAGGAACAGAGAGCCCAGUCGCUGCCCCACGCAGCCCCUCAGGCAGCAGCCCAGCUCUGCCAGACUCAGAGGAGGAGCACAUCAGCUCUGAGGUGGUGCUCGAGGCUGGGCUUGAGGUCCAGGCAUCUGACCAGCAGCCAGAGGAACAGGGGGACCUGGAGCAAAGCAUGGCUGCAGAAACGGAAGCAGCAGCUCCAGAGCAAAGGGAAGAGAGCCCGAGCUCUGCCCCACACAGUCCCCCCAGCCCCUCACCCAGCCCACUGGGAGCCCAGGCACUCAGGGAGCAGCAGGAGGAGGCAGACAGGGGGUCAGUCCUGGCAGAGGAAAAGAGCGAGGAGGGGGCCUUGGCUGGGGAGCUUGAGAAUUCUCAGCACAAAGAUGAGGAGCACACAGAGCUGUCCCAAGGGGAAAUCAAUGAAUACCAAGAAGGGUCCCAAGGGGAAAUCUGUACUGAGGAGGAGCUUUCCCAAGCAGAAGCCAGUAGCUGCCAGGAAGGGUCCCAAGGGUCCCAAGCCAGCACUGAGCAGAAGCUGUCCCUAGAAGAAACCAGUGGAGACCAGGAAUGGUCCUCAGGGGAAACCAGCACUGAGCAGGAUCUGUCCUCAGGUGAAACCAGUUGCUGCCAGGAAGGGUCUCAAUGGGAAGCCAGCAUUGAGCUGGAGCUGUCCCUAGAAGAAACCAGUAGCGACCAGGAAGAGUCUGAAGGGGAAACCGGUACUGAGCUGGAGCUGUCCCUAGAAGAAACCAGUAGCGACCAGGAAGGGUCCGAAGGGGAAACAUGCACUGAGCAGGAGCUGUCCUCAGCAGAAUGUGGUUGCUGCCAGGAAGGGUUUCAAGGGGAAGCCUGCAAUGAGCAGGAGCUGUCCUCAGCAGAAUCUGGUUGCUGCCAGGAAGGGUUUCAAAGGGAAGCCUGCAAUGAGCAGGAGCUCCCCCUAGAAGAGGCCUGUAGCCACCAUGAGCUCUGUGAUUGGGAUGAAUGUGUCGAGGAAGAGCUGUCCCAUGGUGAUGCUGGGAACUACCAAGAAGUUUCAGAUUGGGAAGAAUGCACAGAGCAAUGCCCUUCUCAAGGACAUGCUGGUAGCUCCCACAAUCUCUCUGACUGGGAAGAAUACAGGGAGCAUGAGCUGCCCCACGGAGAUGUCGGCAGCUGCCAAGAAGUGUCAGAUUGGGAAGAGUCCAAUCGCCAAGAGCUUUCUCAAGAAGAAGAUUCCAUUGGCCAGGAGGUGUUUAGAGGGAAUAGUGAGAGACCAUCUGUGGAGUCCAGCUGGGCGAGUGACAGUGACCAAGACCUCAUGCAGGACAGCUGGGAAGAGAGCACUGGGGCCAAGCCCCUGCUGCAAGAGGAUGAUGAGUGGGAUGAGAGAAGUGUCCUGAAGCUCUCCGAAGACGAAAAUAGAGAGCCAAGACUGACAGGUUUGACAGGAGGUGGGUUCUUCGUGCAGGUCCCUCACGAGGUUUGGGUUGAGCUCGGGGCAUCUGGGCCGUGCCUCGGAGGGCCGAUCUGUGCCUCAUCUCCCCCUGUGGAAGCCCCGGCCCCCAGAGGACACACGGCCUCUCCUGCCUUCCAGGAGCAGGUGCCACAGGCCAGGAUGCCACAGGCCAGGACACGACAGGCACUGCGGGCACUGCGCAGCCUGCUCUGCUUCCCCUGCAUGAUGCCACCACCUGAGGAUUAGGGCAUGCUGCUGAUAAAAAGAAUAUGAAUGGAAAGAAAAAAAAGAAGAAGUAAAAGAAAAAAAAAAAGAAGGAAAAUAAUAGGAAAAGGAAUAGGAAUAAGAAUUAAUAGGAGAGUAAAAAUAAGAAUAAGAAUAUGAAAAAAUAAAAGAAUAAUAAUAAGUUGAUAUAGAAGAGAAAAUACAAGUAGAAGUAAAUACUAAGAGGAAGAAGAAGGAGAACAAGGAGAAGGAGAAGAAUAAAAGAUAAGAAUAAAAAAAGAAAAAUAAUAAUUAAAGCAAGAAAGAAAACAAAGACUAAGAAUUAUAACAAAAAUAGGAAUAGAAAAAAGAAUAAGAAAAAAAAGAAAAGAAUAAGUUGAUGUAGAAGAUAAAAUAGUAGUAGAAGUUAAUACUAAGAGGAAGAAGAAGAAGAAGAAAUGGAAGGAUAAGAAGAAGAAAAAAGGAAAAAAUAAAUAAGGAAAAGAAUAGGAAUAAGAAUGAAAAUUAAUACAAGAAAAAGAAAACAAAGAAUAAGAAUGAGAAUGAAAAUAGGAAUAAAAAAGUAAUAAGAAAAAAAGAAAAAAUAAAUUGAUGUAGAAGAUAAAAUAGUAGAAGGAAAUACUAAGAAGAAGGAGAAGAAGAAAAAAAAAAGAUGAAAUUGUAGUACUAGCAUAUUACUAUUAUUAUUAUUAUUAUUCUUGCAGUGCUAUCAAGGUAAAAUGUACAUCCUUUAGCAUGACAGAAUGGUUUCAUUUGGGCAGGAUCUCAAAGUUCAUUUAGUUCCAAGAGAUUUUCUUCUGCUCUCUUUCUCCCUCUGCGAGAUCUCUUUCUAAUUUCUUUCCAUCUCUCUUUUUCACAUUUCUUCUUAAAUAAAAUCCAUGUUAAUAAAA